UCAUGAUUUAGACGUCCCAUCAUCCUCCCUGUUUUGCUUCCGCCUCCCCAAAUAUAAAAAUACGAUUUUUCCCGUGAAAUUUUUGUUGAUUAUUGUACAUAGUGGUGGCAUACGCUACAGGAAUCGAUUAAUUUGUAAGCGUUUACAAAUGGGUUUCUGUGGGCCCGUUAAAUAAGAGAGAACUGGGAGUUUGAUUCGAUAGAAAGUGGAAGAAUUACGCGGCCCCCCUCCCCACCUCCUUUGGCAACAUGGCGACGAAUGACGUGACCCGGAGUGGGUCGCCCGCGGCUAGUGAGCCUUCAGCGCCCGCCGCCGCUGCCCAGCCGGCCGUCGACCUUUCCCAGUUCAACGAGGCCGAGAGACAGCAGCUGCUGGCCGUCAUGGCGCGGGCUAAAGAGCUGGAACUGUCCGAGCAGGAAGGUUUGAAGCGACCGUUCGAGGGACAGCUAAGCAAAUAUACCAACGUGAUGAAAGGCUGGCAGUACAGGUGGUUUGUACUUGACCCCGACUCGGGAGUUCUUGACUAUUAUGUAAAUGAGGAGAGUAAGAAACAGAGGCCGCGAGGAUCGCUACAGCUGGCGGGAUCAGUGAUGUCACCCAGCGACGAGGAUUCGCACACGUUCAGUAUCAACGCAGCCAAUGGAGAGGUCUACAGGUUACGUGCAUUUGAUGCUAAGGAGCGACAGCAGUGGGUGAAUCGACUGCGCUCAGUAGCUCAGUAUCACACCGAGACAUUGGCUCAGAGUUUACCUCCACCCCAUCCACGGUCACAUUCAAUAUCCAACUCCACCCCAAGUUCCACCAAGAGUGCGCCCACUACACCCAUCUCAACUGCCUCCAAACGUGCAUUAAACAGGACCCAGUCCCAGCCGCCCAACGCUGCUCCUGUCGUUCACACCACACCUCACAAGAAAACUCCGCCCACCGCGCCGCCUGUCCACGAACCACAGGCCUUCCAGAACGUGCGGGAAAUCCUACAUCAGGCCGAGCAGCAACAGGUUUCCUUAACGAGGGUGAUUGAGGGGUUACCGAGUGCGGCUCAGGGUGUGCGCAGUCUGGACCAUGAUCUGUUGUUACUGAAGGCGACGUCACAAACCACGAUGCAAUGUCUAGGGCAGUGUUUUGCUAUCUUACAACACUCACACAUGGCUGAGGCCAAGACACCCUCCUUACCCAAAGGUGCCACGAUAGAAUGGUUGGAGCCUAGGUCCCCUCCGAGCGCCUCUCCCCCCUCCUCCAGGAAAAACAAGAUCCCCAAAUCCUCCUCCUUCCCUUCCAACAUGUCUGCCAGCCAGGACGUGUGCUUCGGCUCCGGCAUGAUGGAGGUUUACGACAUUAACCACGAUAAUGAAGUCAUGGAUGACGUGGACCAGGACGAGGCAGAACUGGGCACCGUGGAGGAACACAAGAGCAUCAUCCUGCACCUGCUGUCUCAACUCAAGCUGGGGAUGGACCUCACUAGGGUUGUACUGCCAACGUUUAUCCUGGAGAAACGAUCACUUCUGGAGAUGUAUGCAGACUUUAUGGCCCAUCCGGACCUGUUCCUGUGCAUCCCCGAGGCUGAGAGUCCUGAGGACAGGAUGAUGGCCAUGGUGGAGUACUACCUCACAGCCUUCCAUGUGGGAAGGAAAGGUUCUCUUGCCAAAAAACCCUACAAUCCUAUUAUUGGAGAAGUGUUCCACUGUUCCUGGGACAUUCCUGUCACUCAGCCUUGCAAUAGCCAAUCAGAAACAGCCACAUCAAGCAACAACCAAUCAGAGACAAGCACCUCUCCUAUCAACCAAUCAGCAGACAAGGCAGGGUACCAAAGAGUGGUCUUCACUGCUGAACAGGUAUCCCAUCAUCCUCCAGUGUCAGCAUUCUAUGCUGAAUGCAAAGAGAAGAAGGUUUGCAUGAACGCCCAUAUAUGGACCAAAUCCAAGUUCAUGGGGAUGUCCAUCGGUGUGGUGAAUGUGGGAGAGGGCGUGGUCCAUGACAUCACUCACGGGGAGGAGUACACCUUCACUUUACCCAGUGCCUAUGCCAGGUCCAUCCUGACUGUACCUUGGGUGGAGCUGGGAGGAAAGAUCAACAUCACGUGUGCCAAGUCAGGCUGGCAGGCAGGGAUCACAUUCCACACCAAGCCUUUCUACGGCGGGAAACUACACCAUAUCUCUGGAGAGGUCAAACAUCAGCCCACCAAUAGGGUCAUCUGUAAGAUACAGGGAGAAUGGAAUGGGUCCAUAGAGUUCACCUACUGCAAUGGCUACAGGGGCAACGACACCAAGGUCAUUGACACGGCCAAGCUGUCCAAGAUCAGGAAGAAGGUUCGACCAAUCAACAUGCAGGGCGACUUCGAGUCCAGGAAACUGUGGCAGAACGUUACUGCUGCCCUGAAAUCCAACGACAUCGAGCGCGCAACGGAGCACAAGCGGUUCCUGGAAGAGCGUCAGCGGACGGAGGAGCGACUGCGCGAGGAGCACAGAAUAGCCUGGCGUACCAAGCUGUUCCACAGGAAGGGGGAGGGCUGGGUCAACAACAACCUGCUGGAGGCUUCACAGUGAUGUUUUCUGGCUUUACAUAAGGACACAGCAAGUAAAUUUUAUGGAUGACAUCCUCCGCAGACUCCAAAUCUAACGCGAGCGGGUGAAAAAAAAACAAGGCGGGCCAAAAAA